CCCACAAUGAAAUAGGGAGAGUCUUGGCCAAGAAGAGCUAAAUGUAUGAAGAUUUAUUUAGGAUUUUACAUUCGAAUUUUUAAAACGAAGCCGCAAUAAAUUACUAUCGUAUUGAAAUACGGAUAGUUUUUAUUCUCUACGCUGGUCGGGAAUUUAUUUAUUUAUUAUUACUUUUUUAUUUUAGAGCGAAUAGAAAUUUGUUAACGUAAAUAGUUUACUGUCGUUAAAGCGACCGUAAUGCGGCUGAGCGACUAAUCCCUGCUUUUCAUUUAAACUAAUUGGCGUCUACACGUUUAUUUUAGAGAACGAAGGGUUAAACUUACACGUUUUCCAAGAAUGACUGAGUACAAGUUGGUGGUGGUUGGAGCAGGAGGUGUUGGGAAAAGUGCACUUACUAUCCAGCUCAUUCAGAACCACUUCGUGGACGAAUAUGACCCGACCAUCGAGGAUUCGUACAGGAAGCAGGUGGUGAUCGAUGGCGAGACGUGUCUCCUGGACAUCCUCGAUACCGCAGGUCAGGAGGAGUACAGCGCCAUGAGGGAUCAGUACAUGAGGACCGGCGAGGGCUUCCUCUGCGUGUUUGCCAUCAAUAAUAUAAAGUCUUUCGAGGACGUGCAUCUCUACAGGGAGCAGAUAAACCGGGUGAAGGACAGCGACAAUGUUCCGAUGGUGUUGGUUGGGAAUAAAUGUGACCUUGGCUCCCGCUCAGUGGAGACCCGUCAAGCGCAAGAGUUGGCUCGGGGCUACGGCAUCCCGUUCGUCGAGACGUCCGCCAAAACACGACAGGGUGUGGAGGAGGCUUUCUACUCUCUGGUCCGGGAGAUCAGGAGAUACAAGGAGACGAACCGCAGCAAUAAGAAGAGCAAGAAACACCCACAGAGACGUUGCACACUUUUAUAGCAAUACUCCUGCCCACUCUUGCACUACAUUCCUGGAAUAGCACUGCGCACACACACACACACACACACACACCUGCACACUCUGCUGUAGCAUUUUAACCCUUCUCUUGGAACCACUCUAGGGCAAGGUCCCCAAACAGGAAGGACAGAAACAGUGCCAUGGCUGCUAUAUGCUGUUCUUUUUUUUUUUUUUUUUUUAAAUGCAGAGCGUCCUACUUGGGGAUUUACAUGUUAGAAUCCUUCAUCAGUUAUUCCAAAAUGCUUUGUGUCAUUCGACUCUUUUGGAUAACUUUAUCCUGCCUCAUGCUCCGAUUACGACCACUUUUAUUUUUUUUUUUAUUGGACUUUUUGUAGCAUUUAUUUACUCCAAAAUCUUAACUUGCAUAACAGCAUAACCCUCAGUACAAGUGUUUAAUGUUCCCAAACCAAUCUAGUGCACCCUGUAACCACUAUGAAUUUGGGUUUGAAAGGUUGCUAUUCAGUGACCAAUCUCUCUCCCGCUUUAUAACCCUGUACCAGCACCACGAUGGGGGUUCAAGUUCAAGCUGCUGAAAUCUGCCGUCUCUGCCUCGUUCCUGGCUCCUCUACACUUCGAGCAAGGCUAGAGAGAUGAUUGUAUUGUAUUCCUCAUUAUAAAGGAGGAAAUGAUGCAGGAUACAUUUAUUUUUAAUCAGGCCCACGUUGGGGUCUGAACACCUCUGAUACAUUCCUGUUGUCAUAGCGAUGAGAAAGUCUUAGGAGUUUAAUGGAGUUUUUAUUAAUUAAAAAAAAAGAUUUUGGCUAAAA